AUAAAUCAUAAAAUAACAUUCAGUUUUGAUUAACGUAAAAUGGAUGAACAAGACCAAAUCCAAAAACCGACUAGUGAAAUUUUAUUCAAACAGUGCUCCAUUGAACUUUCGCCUCCUCAUUAUAGAAAGGAAGAGGAAUUUUUCAAUAAAACGAACAAUGAUGAACCGAAAAUCGUUGAUUAUAAGAAAAAAGACCAAAGUAGUUCAAAUAAACCGACUAUUUCACCAAAACCGAAAAUGACACCGCCCGAUCUCGGAAAAAUGAAUAUAAUGAACGAAGGAAGCAACGGAGGCGCAAAUAAAAAAAUAAAGGAGAUGAAUAGUCACUUUAUAGAACAACUGAAUAAGAAAUUAGAAGGAAUGACCAGGGAAAGUUUGGAUACAUAUAAAACUCAGGAAGUAAAAAAGGAUAAUCCGAUAAAAAGUAACGAUGACAAUAAACUUUUGAAAGAAGAUUUCAAAAAUGAAUUGACUAAAAAAUUGAACGUUGGGUUUAAUGAAGCCGUUCAACUUCAUUCUCCGCCAAGUAACAAACAUCAAUCGGAGCAACAAAUCGAGAUUGGUACUAAUAAAAACGAGAUUAUAGAAGAAAAAAUUAAUCUAGAACAAUCAGUUGGUUUGUUAAAAGCUUUACACUUAAAUAAAGAUAAACAUAGUGACAAAGAGAGACAUGUCGAUAAUACAGUGGGUGGGGUUAGCCAGAAGAAAGAAGACAUGGCGACAUUACGUCCAAAAUCUCCACGUCCUGUCCCUUUAAAAGGCGAAAAAGAAGAAACAAUUUGGGAUAAAAUUGGUACAUUAGGACGUAAAAAACGAAUUAAGGAAGUUCAAGAAGUACAAGCAGAAGGAAAAUAUGCUAUCGAUUCGCCUGGAUGUCCUACGGCUCCCGUUAUACCACCCGAAGAUUACAAUCUUGAAGAUAACGAAGAAAGAUGUAUGAUAGCUCAACGAGCUUACGACGAUCCUAAAUUUUAUGAAUUACUUAACGUUUUGAAAGAAUGGAUAAACGACGAACUUGCUUCUCAAAGGAUAAUUGUUCAGGAUUUAUCAGAGGAUCUAUACGAUGGUCAAGUGUUGCAAAAGCUUCUUGAAAAACUUACGGGAGAUAAAUUCGAUGUUCCCGAAGUGACUCAAUCGGAAGAAGGACAGAAACAGAAAUUAAUGGUCGUCCUUGACCAUUUUAAUAAAGUAUUGGGUAUUCAAAAAUUAUCCCACAAUAAAUGGAACGUAGAAUCAAUUCAUUCUAAAAAUAUAGUUGCUAUAACUCAUCUACUGGUAGCUCUAGCAAGGCACUUUAGACCUCCUGUGAGGUUACCAGAACAUGUUUCAGUUGAAGUUGUAGUAGUUCAAAAGGCAAACGGGAGAUUGAUACACAAAACAGUUAGAGAAAGUUUAACAAAAGCUUACGAUGAUGUCGGAAUGAGAUGUGAAAGGGACGCUUUUGAUACAUUAUUUGAUCAUGCUCCUGAUAAACUCCAAGUUGUCAAAAAGUCGUUAGUAACGUUUGUAAACAAACAUUUAAACAAGAUGAAUUUUGAGGUAACAGAAAUUGAAAGUCAGUUCCACGAUGGUGUUUACUUGAUAAUGUUAAUGGGUCUAUUAGAAGGGUUUUUUGUUCCCCAUUAUAGCUUUCAUUUAACCCCGCACGAAUUCGAUCAGAAAGUACAUAAUGUUACUUUUGCUUUUGAGCUUAUGGAGGAAGUUGGUUUACAGAAACCAAAAGCAAGACCUGAAGAUGUUGUUAAUAUGGAUUUGAAAUCGACUCUAAGAGUGUUGUACAACUUAUUUUUACGUUACAGAACAAUAAUAUGAAAAGAAGUGCCUUAUCUGCCUAUUAGAAACUAAUAUUGACUCUAAUGUAAAUAACAUUUGUUAAAUAGUGAAAAUAUUUAAUUAACGAAAUGUUUUAUAAAUUAUUAAUCAAAUUACAGAAGUUACUAACUUAUUUAACUUGAAAUUUGAAUCUCUUGAAUAUAUUUUUGACAUAUUUUAAUAUUUAUUACUGCCAAAGUCAUGAAACAUAAAACAAGUAACUACAACAGUAAAAUCAUCUUGGGAAAUAUAUUUCUUCUUUUCUAGAACUAGUUAUGCAAUUUCGAGUGUCGAAAGUAUUGAGAUUUUAGUUUUCACUCUCUUUUUUAGCUAUUUUCUCCACUACUCUCCUUUGCUACUUCUUUGUUUGUCGUAUUUUAUUUCCCUUUCCUCUUCCUGUUCUACUUAUUCUAGCUAAGUUUUCUUAUUUUUCUGUUACUUUUCUAAUCAAGUUUUAUGAUGUUUUUCUCCUCAUGCGUCCGUACCAGUUCAAACAUUAUUUUGUUUCCUAGAUGUGGUUAAUAUGGGUUUGAAAUAGACUCAGAAUGAUAAAAUGGAAAAAAGUGCCUUAAUCUCUUCCAUUUUUCAUACUUCAUUCGUCAUAUUUUUUUCUUUUUCUUCCUCCCUUCUUAAGCUACUUGUUCUAGCAAAGUUUACUUGGGUCUUAUAUCCUUCAUUCUUUUUACAGCAGAGGUGUAUAGAUUAAUGCAAAUCGUUUUGACUUUGGUCCUUUUAGAUGUUUUGACAUUUUUUGACUAAAGUAGCAGAACGAUCUAAAACCAGCAUAUAUAAAUUAAGUUAUAUUGAAUACACAUUAUAAAAAUUCUUAUUCCCAUUUAUUGAGACUACAAUCAAUCAUUGAUGCCUUUUCUUAUUUAAGCCGAGUUUUCCUGGGUCUUCCUUUCCUUUUUCUCUAAUCUCUUUUUGCUUCUUUAAUUUUUCCUAUAAGCCUUUAUGGUGUUCUCUAUGUGUCUAUACCAGUUUAAGCAUUAUUUUAAUUCCUAUAUGAGCUUUCCUAUAACUAUCUUCUUUCUUAUCUUGUCCUUCCUCAUUAUUUUCCUUAGUUGCUUAAUUUCUGCUGCUAACCUAACCCAGGAAAACGUACUUAAUAUUUUGAAAAUAAUGAAAAUGUAAUUGUUUUUUACUCAUUUAAAUAAAAUGUAUUUUGUAUAUUAAUAAACGUAUUAUAAUAAAA